GCCAUGGAGCUGCCCGAGAGCCAGUGCAAGAAAGUCAAGCUGAGCAACAGGGUGCCGAGCUGGGGAAUGCAGAGGGCAACCAAUGUUACCUACCAAGCUCAUCAUGUCAGCAGGAAUAAGAGGGGCCAGGUGGUAGGAACAAGAAGUGGUUUUCGUGGAUGCACAGUCUGGUUAACAGGUCUGUCUGGUGCUGGGAAGACUACAGUGAGCAUGGCACUGGAGGAGUACCUAGUAUGCCAUGGCAUUCCGUGCUACACAUUGGAUGGUGACAAUAUUCGCCAAGGCCUUAAUAAGAACCUGGGCUUCACACCAGAAGAUAGAGAAGAAAAUGUCCGUCGUAUUGCUGAGGUUGCUAAACUGUUUGCAGAUGCUGGUUUGGUGUGCAUUACUAGUUUCAUCUCUCCUUAUACUCAGGAUCGUAAUAAUGCCAGACGAAUUCAUGAAGGGGCGAGUUUGCCUUUUUUUGAAGUAUUUGUGGAUGCUCCAUUGCAUGUCUGUGAGCAGAGAGACGUUAAAGGACUCUAUAAGAAAGCCAGGGCUGGAGAAAUUAAAGGUUUUACUGGGAUUGACUCUGAGUAUGAAAAACCGGAAGCCCCAGAGCUUGUGCUGAAAACUGAUUCCUGUGAUGUGAAUGAUUGUAUACAACAAGUUGUGGAACUUCUUCAAGAGAGGGACAUUGUACCAGUGGAUGCCUCUUACGAGGUCAAAGAGCUUUAUGUGCCAGAAAACAAGCUACAGUUGGCCAAAACUGAUGCUGAGUCUCUGUUAACCUUGGAAAUAAAUAAGGUGGAUAUGCAGUGGGUGCAAGUGCUAGCAGAAGGUUGGGCAACACCCCUGAAUGGCUUUAUGAGAGAGAGAGAAUACCUACAGUGCCUUCACUUUGACUGUCUCCUCGAUGGUAGGCUCCUUGUUCUGCCUGGGGGAGUUAUUAAUCUGUCAGUGCCUAUAGUGCUAACAGCUACUCAAGAAGACAAAGAAAGACUGGACGGGUGUACAGCAAUUGCACUGGUGUAUGAAGGUCGCCGCGUGGCCAUUCUCCGUAAUCCCGAAUUCUACGAGCACAGGAAAGAGGAACGCUGUGCUAGGCAAUGGGGAACAACAUGCAAAGAACAUCCCUACAUCAAGAUGGUUAUGGAGCAAGGGAACUGGCUUGUAGGUGGAGAUCUACAGGUCCUUGAUCGUAUUUAUUGGAAUGAUGGGCUUGAUCAAUACCGUCUCACUCCAGCUGAACUAAGGCAGAAAUUCAAGGAAAUGAAUGCCGAUGCUGUCUUUGCGUUCCAGUUACGCAACCCAGUGCACAAUGGGCAUGCUCUUUUAAUGCAGGAUACUCAUAAGCAGCUUUUGGAACGUGGCUACCGGCGCCCAGUUUUACUCUUGCAUCCACUUGGAGGCUGGACAAAGGAGGAUGAUGUUCCUCUCAUGUGGCGCAUGAAGCAACAUGCUGCAGUACUGGAGGAGGGAAUCUUGAAUCCAGAAACAACAGUGGUGGCUAUAUUCCCUUCCCCCAUGAUGUAUGCUGGACCAACUGAGGUUCAGUGGCACUGUAGAUCACGGAUGGUUGCAGGAGCUAACUUCUACAUUGUAGGGCGAGAUCCAGCAGGGAUGCCACACCCUGACACUGGGAAAGAUCUCUAUGAACCAACCCAUGGUGCCAAAGUGUUGACAAUGGCUCCAGGCCUCCGAGCACUGGAAAUUGUACCUUUCAGAGUUGCAGCUUAUAAUAAGAAAAAGAAGUGCAUGGAUUAUUAUGACUCUGAUCACCAUGAAGACUUUGAAUUUAUAUCGGGGACCCGCAUGCGCAAGCUGGCUCGAGAAGGACAAAACCCGCCGGAAGGCUUCAUGGCUCCUAAGGCUUGGACUGUGCUGACAGAAUACUACAAAUCCUUGGAGAAGGCUUAGGCCUCUUAUUAACUGCAGAUCAACCUUUGACGCCUGAUAUAUUUACGAGAAGGGGACCACACAGUCACCGUUCAUGUUGCUUUGUUGUGGUGUCUGUCAGGAAGUUCUUCUCUGAAAACAGACUCUUUCUCCCUAACUUAGCAUCAUUCUUUGCCU